UUUUUUUUUUUUUAAAUUGAAAUGCCCAAGCAGACUGAUUUAAAGGCACACUCCGACCAAUAACCGAUAAAUCCCAUUUCAAGUUGGAAAAUUGAAUGAAUUCUUCCGUUGCAUAAACGGAAAGAGUGAGAAGAAAAAGAACGAAAGAGAGAACGAGAGUAAGAGAAAAAACGAUAGAGCAGGAGAGAAAGAGUGUUAGAGUUUGAGAAAGAGUGUGAGGUGGAGAAAGAGAGUGCGAGACGGAAAUGAGGGUGUAAACGGGACAACUCAGCAUUAUAUAUUUAAAUCAAUAAACAAAAUCAACAAGCGAUUGAAGCGCGAGCACAAACACACAGACACCGACGUGACAACCGUGCACAACCGACACAAGCAAAAAUCAUCGAAACCAAUUUAUCUAACGCCCGAGAUUGUGUGAUAAUCGCGCGCCGCGCGCAUUGUAUGUAUACUUUUAUCUAGUGAUAAUAAUUGUGAGUACACGACAACAAGGAGGCGCAACGCACUAGCAGUAAAUUCUGAUUUGAUUUUGUUCCGUCAUUCAAAUGUAGCAAGAAAAAAAAAAGAAGAGAAGAGAAGACAAACAGCAACAGCAACUGCAAUCAAAACUCAUCGCACACUCACACACACGCAUACACUGAAAUUGACCGACUGCAAACAGUGAUUCGAAUUUACCGAAAUCAAGACGAAGAAGAGCAACGUGAACGGGCACACAGAGUGAAAUAGAUUGUGUGUAAGGGUGGUUCAUAUGCCGCUAGUACAUCGCCAACAACAGAUAUACAUUGAGCUAAAAUUAAUCGUUGCGAUUCUUUUCUGUUCUCAAUUGUUGUUUUUUUUUGUUGCUCGCCCAUUCAUUCAAAGUGUUGUACUGUCUCAUCACUGAGCCGCUCUAACGGUUCUGUACAGCAAGAAAAAAACAACGAGUCAAUAAAAAUGUUAUUACGUACAUAGAUCGAGUGACAAGCAAGGAACUGAUUUAAGUGAAGAGAAAAAAAAGUGACAAGAAAAGACGGCAAAACACUUCGAGUCGACAAAGGAUACGGUGAACGAAGAGACAGAAAGAAAAACCACAGACAAUUUUCAAUUCGUUACUCUUGUUUUGACACAAUUUAUGUGCAGUGCUUUAGACAUUUAAUUAAGAAAAUCAAAUCAAAAGGAGAACAAAAUAAACACUUGCAUCGAUGCUGACUAUGUUUAGUCUGCGAACUCAUUUUGAUUGGUAACAACAAUAACGGUUAACCGUUAACUCGGCUGCAACAGUGCGCGAUUAGGAAAACUCGACAAAGUGAUUUUCAUCGCGUUGCAGAGUGUGACGUGAUUUUAUUAUUUUUUCGGAUUUUGGUCACUCAUAUGCCAAUGACGAGGCCAUCUGAUUUAACCAAUUUUAAGGGAAUACAACAAAUUCAACACAUUACAAUGGCUCAUCAUCGAAAUACAAGGCGAAACGGCAGUGCGCACAACGCACUUUUCAUUGCAUUGAUCACACUUUCGAUAUCAACUUUGGGCAACGCGUCCACCAUUCAUCGACAUUCACGUGAAAUCGAUGGCGAAAAGCUGAACGAUUUCACGAUAAAACAUUUGGAAAGCAGCAAUAGCAGCAGUAAAAAUGAUACAAUUAGUAUUGUAAAUAAUAAUUUAAGUAAUAUGAACGAUAGCCAUGCUUACGGCUAUCAUUCUGAUGAUAAGACGAUCAUCAACUCAGGAGCUCACUCACAACCCAUUGUUGCACCAGCCGAACCAAAAAGACAAUUGAGGUGUCACUGUAAUGACUGCCCGCAGAAUACAUGCGAAACGGAUGGCCUUUGUUUUACAUCGGUGGAAGCGCGUAAAAAUGAUCGAUGGAAGCUUACUUAUUCGUACAGCUGUUUGAAUAAGACGUACUAUCUGCCGGGCCGGCGUCCAUUGGAAUGUGAGGUGAACAAGGAGAAACGAGAUACGUACAAUGUGAAAUGCUGUUCCACUGAUUUUUGCAAUAAUGAUAAAACGCUCACAUUGGAAAGAAAUCGUCCAGGAGUAGGUAGUUUCUAUUCGGAGCUAACGACCUGGGAAUUGAUCUUCAUGAUAUUUGGGGCAACAUUGCUAUUUUGUUUGGUCACUCUAUCGAGCUAUUGGUACAUGCAGCGUCGCAAGCGCGGCGUCCUCCGUUCUGGCAUGCGUCCAUUCCUACCAUCCGAAGACUCGGUUUGUGAUCCAAUUCUCAAUGGUAACACCAUCCAAGACAUUAUCGAAAUGACAACGUCCGGCUCUGGAUCAGCUGGUCUUCCGUUGUUGGUGCAGCGAUCGAUUGCCCGUCAAAUUCAGCUGAUCGAAGUGAUUGGCAAGGGUCGAUUCGGUGAGGUGUGGCGUGGUAGUUGGCGCGGCGAAUUUGUUGCCGUCAAAAUUUUCUCUAGUCGUGAAGAGUGCUCAUGGUUCCGCGAAGCCGAAAUCUAUCAAACAGUCAUGUUGCGACACGAAAACAUUCUCGGAUUCAUUGCAGCUGAUAACAAAGAUAACGGAACAUGGACACAAUUGUGGCUGGUCACCGAUUUCCAUGAGAAUGGUUCGCUAUUUGAUUUCCUCACAAUGAGAACGGUCGACACAAAAGUCAUGCUGGCCAUGGCACUAUCGAUUGCAACGGGUUUGGCACACUUGCACAUGGACAUCGUUGGCACUCGAGGCAAACCGGCGAUUGCGCAUCGCGAUUUGAAGUCAAAGAAUAUUUUGGUGAAAUCGAAUUUGACUUGUGCUAUCGGUGAUUUGGGAUUGGCUGUUCGGCAUGACAUUAAAACCGACACCGUGGAUAUACCAUCAAAUCAUCGCGUCGGCACCAAACGCUACAUGUCACCAGAGGUGCUGGACGAGUCAAUGAAUAUGAAUCACUUCGAUUCGUUUAAACGGGCCGAUGUGUAUGCGUUCGGCUUGAUUUUGUGGGAGAUAGCGCGACGAUGCAAUUUCGGCGGUGUCUAUGAUGAAUAUCAAUUACCAUACUAUGAUAUGGUGCAACCAGAUCCAACGAUCGAAGAAAUGCGCAAGGUGGUAUGCGUGGACAAACUGAGGCCGAGUAUACCAAAUCGAUGGCAUGUAUCGGACGAGCUGUCAAUCAUAGCGAAGGUGAUGCGUGAAUGUUGGUAUCACAAUCCAGCUGCUCGGCUGACGGCAUUGCGAAUCAAAAAGUCUCUUGCAUACCCGAAAAAUUAUGACGAAAAAAAUAAAAUCAACUGCACUUAAAAAGGGCGUUAGUCUAUUAGCUUCGCUUCAGGAUCUUUAGAUUUUAUGGAAUUUUUUUUUUAAAAUUUGAUAAAAACAAACUUAUUUCAUUGAGUGUUUUGUAUAUAAGAAUUGAUCAUAAAUUAGCAUUUUUAAGACAAAAACUAAAACCAUAAGAACAAAUAGAUGAAACUGUCAUUAAUUUCUCUCCAUUUUAUUUGUAUCUAAAUUUUAUGAGAUAUUGAUAUUACAUUCGAAUUAAAGAAAUAAGUAAAAAAAAAAACAAAACAAAAAAAGAAA